AUGAGCUCCCUCCAACCCUCCCAGCAGGUCUCGAGACAGGCGACUAUGGACCCCAGAAACGAAAUAAACCCGCUCAUGGAUCACUAUAUCGGUGUUGAUGUCGGCACCGGGAGUGCCAGAGCGUGUAUCAUCAACGACAAGGGCGAUAUCGUCGGGUUGGCCUCUGAAAACAUUGGCCUGUGGCAGCCGCAGCAGGGCUACUACGAACAAUCAACUACGGAUAUUUGGAGAUGUAUCUGCAUCUGCGUACAGCGAGCUAUCAGCCAACAUAACAUUAACCCCCUCUCGAUCAAGGGCAUUGGGUUCGAUGCCACCUGCUCUCUCGCCGUCUUUGCCCACGAUACCGGUGAACCUGUCUCCGUGACCGGCCCCAGCUUCGACACCGACCGCAAUGUCAUCCUCUGGCUUGACCAUCGCCCGGUCGAGGAGACGGAGAAGAUCAAUGCCACCGGCCACAACUUGCUGCGAUAUGUAGGCGGGAAGAUGUCGAUCGAGAUGGAGAUUCCAAAGGCGCUCUGGCUGAAGAACAACAUGCCCAAGGAACUGUUCGACAGGUGCAAAUUCUACGAUCUGGCCGAUGCAUUGACCCAUCUGGCCACCGGGAAUGAAAAGAGGAGCUUUUGCAGCGUUGUAUGCAAACAGGGCUAUGUGCCCGUGGGGGUGGAUGGAAGCAUCAAGGGAUGGCAGCCGGACUUUUUGAAAGCGAUUGGUUUGGAGGACCUCGCUUCCGAUAACUUCAAGCGGAUGGGCGGUGUAAACGGAGAUAAUGGCGAGUAUCUGAGUGCUGGCGAGUUGGUCGGCGGCCUCUGUGAAUCCGCAGCCGCCGAGCUUGGACUUCCUGCAGGUAUCGCCGUUGGUAGCGGUGUCAUCGACGCCUACGCUGGAUGGAUCGGGACCGUAGGAGCAAAAGUCGACCUGGACUCUGACCUCCUCAGCUCCGACGCCGCGAACAAUGACAGGUCUCAGGCUUUCACCCGUCUGGCUGCCGUAGCGGGAACAUCUACCUGCCACUUGGCCAUGUCGCCCGACCCUGUUUUUGUUCCGGGAGUUUGGGGCCCUUACCGCGAUACUAUCAUUCCUGGCUUCUGGAUGGCAGAAGGAGGACAGUCAGCAACCGGCGAGCUUCUUAAACAUGUUAUCGAAACCCACCCUGCGUUCAACGAAGCACUCUCGGUUGCCGAGUCCUACAAUUCCAAUAUUUAUGACUACCUGAACGAGCGUCUCAGGGAGAUGGCAGCCGACUCCAAAGCGCCUUCCAUCUCCUAUCUUGGCCGCCAUUUCUUCCUCUACGGCGACUUGUUCGGCAACAGGUCCCCCAUUGCUGAUCCGCAAAUGUCUGGCGCAGUUAUCGGCUUAUCAAGCGAUAAGUCGGUCAAUGGUUUGUCGUUAUACUACUAUGGCACCCUGGAAUCCAUCGCGUUGCAAACACGUCAGAUAGUCGAGACGAUGAACAAGGCCGGCCACAAUAUUACUUCGAUCUUCAUGUCUGGGUCCCAAUGCCAGAAUGACAUCUUGAUGGGCCUUAUUGCAUCGGCGUGCUCGAUGCCGGUUUUCGUUCCACGUUAUGUCCACGCCGCUGUAUGUCACGGAGCAGCGAUGUUGGGCGCCAAAGCAGCUAGCGCAGACAAGGACGGAAAGACUGAAGGGCUCUGGGAUAUCAUGGAUAGAAUGAGCAAGCCGGGUAAGGCAGUUUAUCCAACCAAAAAUGAGCAUGAAAAGAAGCUCUUGGAAGUGAAGUACAAGGUUUUCCUAGAACAGUGUUUCAAACAACAGGAGUAUAGGAACGAGGUCGAUAAGGCUAUUGUGGGAUGGAAUUCCUCCUAG